AUGGAAUUCAAGUUCAAUGUGCUAGAUGUUAUACGUAAACCAAUAUCAAUCUUUUCUUCUACUGAGCUUCCAAAGAGUCAGCAAGCUCUAGAAAAAAUUGUCGAGAUAAUCGACGAGGUUGGAAUUGCUAGUGCAAAGGCUCAAGGACUUCGAGCUCCAGUAACAAGUAUUCUCAAGCUUAAACACAACCCAAACCAACGUAUUUAUAUCAUGCGCACAGAUUUUGAUGCCAAACAUAAUACCAAAACUGGCGAUCAGGAUUCUACUGAUACAUUACAAAGCCAUCAGUCCAAGUCCAUUCAACUAAUUGAUUCACGCAAGCAAGUUGUUGUGGGGCUACUUAAAGUUGGACUAAAAAAGCUUUUUCUUGUGGACGAGUUUGGACGGCAGAUUGAAAUCAAUGCACUUUGUGUUCUCGAUUUCUAUAUCCAUGAAUCGUCUCAGAGGUUGGGCUAUGGAAAACGCUUGUUUGAAUAUAUGCUCGCGAUUGAAUUUUGUUCCGCAAGCGAGCUUUGUUACGAUCGCCCAUCAAGCAAGUUUCUGGCAUUUCUUAAAAAGCAUUAUGACUUGCACGAAUUGUUAAUGCAUUGUUUUCAUGGCACGACAGCCAUACCUCAAUCAAACUACUUUACUGUCUUCAAACAAUUUGGACUUGGAUUACUUGAGCUUGAUUCAAAGGGUCGUCCCAAACCACCUCUUAAGCUGAACCCCAUAUUGAAAAAUACCAAACAUGCGCAUCCAACACAUCCUACUCCAAUACUGAGAUCAGAGGGAUUACUGCAGAAAUUCCAGCACAUGACCAAGAAUGCACCUCCAAUAACUGUCAAGCAACUGCCAUCUGGUAAUUCGAUCAACAACCCAUACGAUAUAAUGAACAUUGGAUCACUUACAGACAAAUCCGCUGCUCAAAAUAAUUUAAACAUUACAUCAUUGUACAACACUGGAUCGACCAAAAAGUUUGAGACUCAAGAACACGCACUAUUAUAUCAAACCCAAGAGAUUCAGCCGUUUAAAAAACAAUCAAAACACGAGGACAAUCUACAUGCAAACAACCACGACAUAUUUCCUCCCAAUAGUACUUUUAAGGAGACGAACAUGCUAAACAGAUCACACCAUUCCAAGGAUAAACUAUCAAAGUUGGAGGUCUUAUCUGAUGAGCCUCACCAGCAUUAUAAUCAUAGUCAUCAUAGCCAUCACCACACGCAUGGGCAUCACACGCAUCAUACUCUGGCAAAAACCGUUGAACAUCAAACAGCUCAAGCGCAGAAUGAAUUUACAAAAAAUGAUAUACGAUAUAAAAAUAGUACACAGCACAUGGGCGAAAAUGAGAAUCAUGCAUUUUUAGAAAAUCCAUGCUCGCCCAAAUCUCAAGGUACUAAAUCAAGCUCGCGAUUCAAUCGUACACAAGUAGUGGAAAAAGUUGCUUCGCAAGCCAUGGUCCAAGAAGGCACUAGACAAGCGGGAGUCUUGUCUAGAAAUGAUAGCAAGGAUAUCCUGCAUUUGUCGGAAAUUGGCCCAUAUGAUUCCCGCGUAAAAAAGCAACAUUUGGAUAGCAUUCCUAUCGAUCCAAUUGAUGGUCCAAUUGAUUGGACAACCACACCACACGCAGGGCAAACAGUUUCUGCUACAAUGGCGUGUUUUAAAACCAGUCCAGAAAUAGGAAUUCAAGAAAAGGAACGAAAAGCUCGAAUUCGGAUGUUAAUGCAAACAGAGCGAUUGCCUCUUCUUUCUCCUUCAGCACUAGGAAAUGCAUGCGUUAUGCCCAAGCCAUAUCUCUCAGGGAUAGCAUUACUAGCUGGUGGUCUGGGAUCUUUUGAAAAGAAUUAUAUAAAUACACAACGAUCAGAAAAGCAUCGACAAAGACUUGUCAAACAAUCUCACAAUACAAAGGAUUUUUAG